AUGAUGUACCUGCUCAAGAGCAAAGACAAAUCCUCGCAGCCAGCCGUCCCACCCGACGUCCACUCCCCCCCAUUCUACAUCCCCGUCAAGUCUAUCGCGCACCGCUACACGCUUCUGCAAGAGCUCGGCAAUGGCAGCUUCGGCUCCGUGACCCUGGCCAAGCUCCACGCCAGCAGCCCCAACUCGCACCGCCCAGCCUACCACAACACUCUCAUGGAGGACUCGGCCGUGGCGCAUCCAGAACAGGAAAACUUCUACAACCGCAAGCGCGGCCUGCUCGCCAUCAAGACCAUGAUGACGCGGCUCCCGAAGCUGGGCGACUACACGCGCGUCCGCGAAAUCAAGUUCAUCCUCGCCAUGCCCGCCCACAAAAACCUCGUGCGGAUCUGGGAACUGUUUGUCGACGAUCUCAACUACCAACUCCACAUCGUCAUGGAGUGCAUGGACCAGAACCUCUACCAGCUCAUGCGGCAGCGCAAGCGGCGCGCGUUCUCGCUGCCCUCUCUCAAAUCCAUCCUGGCGCAAAUCCUGGCCGGAAUCCGCCACAUCCACGCUCAUAACUUCUUCCAUCGCGACAUAAAACCGGAAAACAUCCUCAUCUCUCCCUCCAACCACUAUUACAGCAAAGAAUGGCUUCUGGACGGCCACUACCGCGACAAUUACAUCGUGAAAAUUGCCGACUACGGUUUGGCCCGCCACGUGAGAAACAAGGCCACUUACACCGCCUACGUGUCGACCCGCUGGUACAGGUCGCCCGAGAUCCUCUUGCGCCAGGGCCAUUAUUCUCGCCCCAUCGACGUGUGGGCGUUUGGAUGCGUGGUGGCAGAAUUGGCCACAUUCAAACCGCUUUUCCCCGGAUCCGACGAAAUGGACCAAAUUUGGAAGAUUUUGGAAGUCCUGGGGACCCCCCAUUCCAUGCCCGAGGCCGCUUUGAAAGGUUACACUCCCAAUGGGGGCGUUUGGGAACACUCCAAGCAAUUGGCGCUGCGGAUGAAGUUGAAAUUCCCCUACGUGGAGGGCGUCGACGUUGAUUACAUCAUCAACAACCCGCAAUUGAGUGAUCUCUCACAUGUCAUCAAAGCGUGUUUGACAUGGGAUCCCAAAUUGCGUGCCAGUGUUCAAGAAUUGUGUGAUAUGCCAUAUUUCCAUAACACUGUAGUAGCUACCAAGGACACGAUUGUCACCAGCCAACAACAGCAAUUACAUUCGCUCAAAUUCUUCGAAAAUGAUGAAAAUAUCGCCAAGCUAGAUACUAAUAAAGGUUGCGAAGCGCCAUCGCUGAAAUUGGAAGCCACCCACUCCACUUCCACUUCUUUGGCACCCAAUAUCAUUGAUUUCAAUGGCACCAAUCCACCUCACCGCGAUGAGGAACUAUCCUUUCGACAAUUCCUAUACGAUGCAGGUACAGCUCGAGACUCCGAUUCAUUGAAGCAAGAGUUUUCUUCAAAUUUCGAGGUGCCAAAGUUAAGCACCACUUUUGACGCUGAUCAACCAGACAUGAAUUGUCUACAUGUUGAAGACGUGGUCGAAGAUGAGGAUGAAAAUGAAGAAGAAGAAGAGGAGGAGCCUGACGAUUUCAGUUCUGCAGAGUACUACGUCGCGUCCUCUGUGAAUUACGGAGCAUUACAAGAUGUGAGUGAAAAAGAUAUCGCAAAUUAUAUUCCAUAUCCCACAGCAGAAGAUGAAGGGCACCAUUCUCACUAUUGCGCUGACGAAGACCCCAUUCAUCGUUGCCACAUACAGGAUGAUAUGUCGAUCGACUCGUGCAGAUCGAAUGGAAUCCCUCGCACAUUUACCAUUCCAUCGUUUACACAGGAUAGUGGUGCAAAUGCUCAAGAUCAUCAUAGUCAUAGUUUUACACAGGCUAAUAGUCUAACCUUUUGA